CAAUUAACACGAUUAGAACACUACUCUACCAGAAUUACCCUCCUUCAAGUCUCCAUCUCCCACCAUGACACCAAAAUUCCAAACCACCCGUCUCCUCCACGGCAUCCGCGCCAUCAUCGGCGGCCAAGGCCCCCCCGUGAUUCUCAUUCCAGGCUGGCCCCAAACCGCCGAAGCAUUCAGCGAUAUCUUCGAGCCCCUUUCCAAAAACUAUCAAUUCUUCGCUCUCGAUCCCCCAGGUUUAGGUGAAUCGUCCGCUCCCAUCAACGGGUAUGAUACCGCGAACGUGAGCAAAACCAUGGCCGAAGCUAUCCACGACACCCUGAAAGACAAACCAUACCAUCUAAUUGGCCACGACGUCGGAGGAUGGAUUUCUUACCCCUGGGCUGCUCAAUUCCAAUCGAGGAUCAAAUCGCUCAGUAUCCUGGACGCAUCGGUUCCGGGUUUUCUACCCCCGUUUCAAUUCCCCAUGUCCAAUCAGACCAACCUCCGACUUUGGCAAUUCUCAUUUAAUGCGUUGCCGGAAUUACCUGAGAUUUUGACGACCGGGCGUGAGAGGGAACUGUUGACUUGGUUUUUUAAUUUGAAGACGGUUCGGAAGAAUGGGGUGCAUAAGGAGCAAUUUGAACGGUAUAUUCGGGCUUAUUCGAGACCCGGGGCGAUGAGUCGGGGGUUUGAGUAUUAUAGGGCUUAUGAAAUGAGUUCGAAGCAGAAUUUGGAGUUUGCGAAGAUGAAGCUUGAUAUUCCGGUUUUGGCUUUGGGUGGUGCGGGUUCGGUUGGGGAGGGGAUGAUCGGGUUUGUGAAAAAUUUUGCGACUAAUGUUUCUGGGGGAGCGAUUGAAGAUUGUGGUCAUUUUUUGCCGGAGGAGCAGCCGGCUGCUGUUGCGCGGAGGUUGUUGGAGUUUUUGGAGGAGAUUGAGAAGAAGUGAGGGAGCUAUGUGGGAGAGUAGGGAGGUGAAUUGAUUUGGUUGAGUUUCAUAGGCAUGGUGGAUAUUCUAUAGAUGAUGUUGAUAGAUGCUUGUAAUUAGUUUCUUUAUCAUGGGUUAUCGAAGGCUCUGAUGAUUUGAUCCCAUAAGAAGCGCCACGAAAUUACAAUAUCUAUUUCUAGGG